UUUAGUAACCACCCCUAAAUUUUCGUAUAGCUACGAAAAUAUAGGGUUACACGCUAAAAAUAAGGGUUUUAAAGUACAAUGUUUUCGUACGCGUAAUUUUACUACCAAUUUUUGGGUUUUUAAGCGCCGAAAUUUUCGAUCCACUGCCCUACUAUAAAGAUAGCCUUUACAACAACAGUCACUAAUCUGUCUAAAACCACUUUACUUAGGUGGCGCUGAUGACCACUUAUGCCAGAUGACUCUGAUAAUGCCUUUGCACAAGGGAAUAUAUGACACUAGUGGCCUUUGACUUUGACUGGACGUUGUAGGCUGUUGAUGGCUGCUAAAAUGGCAUCUAACCGAGUUUUUAAUAGUUCUUUUAAAAAAUGUGUUUUCAUAGAAAUCUUUGAUGGAGCAGCUAACAUGCCGUACCAAGUUUUUAUUAACGAGGGCUGUGCUACAGGAAAAUCUGACAUUGAGUUGAUAGUGGAAGCCAUGGUAGUAAAGAAGCCAUCACUAGGCCCAAUUUCGAAAGCACGUGGGUUUUACUUCACCAUAGAAAGUGAAUUUAAGCAAGGGAAAUGGAUUACUCUGGGAGAAAAAGAGACGGUUGUAGAAGGCUCAGAAUUACGUUUGAUGAUUCUUAACAAUAUCGAAAUAAUAGAAAUGGACCAGUCCACAGAGCUAACUUUUAAAGAAUCUCAGUUCAUCUCGAGUACUUUGAAAGGUACACGUAGUGCUGAUUUCACCUGUUCUAACUCACAAGUUCUCCUUUCAGAAGACUCACAUGGUUCUCAUGCCAGACAAUCUCAAGAGUCUUUUACGUUACAGUCUCAUGGCUCUCCUUUGUUACCAUCUCAACAGAAUUUAUUUGAUGUGUCACAGGAGUUUGAUGGAGCAAGUACCGAAGAUGUUUUUACUCAAGUGUUUCCUGUAACUGAAAGGAAAAAACAACGUUCAUUUAACACAGUUAAGUUCAUUUAA